AUGAUUGAGACCCAACUUGCUCAACUAGCUAGCACCAUUAAAGAGCAACAAGUGCACACAAGUCUCCCACCCCAAGGUCAAGCACCUACACAAAUGUACUCGGUUGUGACUCGGAGUGGGAUGACUCUAGAUGAUGAUGCUAGGCAAGUUGAUGCACCUUGUUCUAGGGGUGAGGAUCCUAAGGGGAAUGAGUCUCCGGACUGUGAUAUUGCGGAAGAGGAGUCUCAUGUCGAUGGUGUGAUUGAUGGUGUUAAGUCGACGGGGACUACUCUUCCCCCUCUCCUAAUUCCACCUCCCCCCUCUCCUCAAAUAAUUUCUGGAAAUAAACUUGAUGAUCAAUUUCACAAGUUUUGGGAAACCAUUAGCAAGCUUUAUGUGUCCUUAUCUUUCAUCGAGGCACUCAAACAAAUGCCUCACUAUUCUAGAUUCAUGAGAGAUAUUCUUAGUGGCAAGAGAAGUUGUGAAGCAAAGGAGACCGUGCAACUCACGAAGAGUUGUAGCGCUCUAAUUCAACACUCCUUUCCCCCAAAACUCAAUGAUCCCAGGAGUUUUUCUAUCCCUUGUAGCAUUCAAAAGCUCAAAUUUGAUAAUUCUCUUUGUGAUUUGGGGGCGAGUGUGAGCAUCUUGCCAUAUAAGACUUAUGAGAAGCUCAAGCUAGGUACGUGA